GGUCACCUAGAUUCACAGAAAUUUGUUACUUGUGAAUACUCAAUGUAAUAAAACGAUUACGGUUGUCAAAGAAAGUCAGAAGGAUUUGUUGGGAGUAUGAAGAAAUUAGAGGAUGAUCGUCCAAUAUGUAACGCGGUGAACGUGUUUCGAGAACGCGGCAAUUACUUACAACGCCUGGAACUGUUUGAAAAGUCUCUACAAGCAUACAACGAAGCUCUGCGAUGGAAUAGUUCCGAUGUCCGUUCCCUGCUGGGUCGGAGUUUGGCGAGGGCGAAAUCAACACAUUACACCGGUGCUUUGGCAGAUGCGGCACAAGCGGCGGGAUUGGAGCCCCGAAAUUCCAGGGCUUUGCAAAUUCGAGCGCAGACUGAAUACGAAAAAUGUGCGUUUGAACGUGCUCUAGUGCUGGCUCAUAGAGGGCAGAGAAUAAGGAGGUUCCCACCCGACUUCGCCGAAUGUGCCAGAUGUGCUGAGGAAACGGUCAGAGAAUGUGCUGGGAAGACGGCAAGUAAAGUGUUAUCCACAGCUGUGACGCUCCUAACCAAUGUUGAGAUGAAGCGGCAUUCCGUGGACUCGGAAACUCCUAAAGUACCACAUCAGAGACGGAUGCAGCCGCAGAAGGAACAACAGGUCAAAGAAAUAUCCCGCGCAGAAAAACAGAGAGCCGAACAAAUCUCCCGCUUAAUGGCUUCGAAAUAUUUGGAGCGAAUGGCACAUGACAAAUAUUUCUUAACGGCCUUGUGUAAGGACGAACGAUUGGUCUCCGCCAAUAAACAAGGAUCGCAAAAGCUGCAAGAAUUAGCCCAUAAAGCGCUCGCGGACGUAGAGAAACGACAAGCGGUGCUACGUGAACGCAGGCCACUUUACGCUGCUCGCGCAUUGGAAGCCGCGGCUCGGGCUCGGCUGUCACUAGCUCGUAAAGAGCAACUGACACACACGCAACUGCAGCACGCCACUGACGCACGCCGCCUCAUACAAACAGCUCAAUCAAUCUACGAAGAACGAGACACAGCCAAGUGCGUCGAACACGCCGAGUUCGGCAUGGAACAAAUAACAAGGAAACCAGCCAACUUACUCCCUGGAAAAGAUAAAUACUUACAAAAACUUCACGAUAUAGUUGCAAACGCUUUCCUAGACCAGAAACGUGUUCGGGAAAGUAUGAGCGAGUCGGACCGGGAACGAAGGGCAUUUAUUCUCCUGGGUAUGGCGGUGUCCAGGGAGCCGAGCCGAGACUCCGUGCUGCGCGUCAGACCACCCGCGCCUCCUCGAGACGCUAAAGUUCGUCUCCGGACGCUGGAACGUGCCUUGUCGAUGAGCACACGGGAGUCAGAACGGUGCUACUUGUUGCACGAACUAGCGCGCCUCAAUGUUGAUACUAAGCAAGCACUGAAAGCCCGGGUCUACGCCUCCAAAUGUCAAACCGAGGCACGAGCAUCUAAUCAACGCGUGUGGCUUCUGAAUGCCCUGUUCCUGCUGGCUCGCUGCCAUCUCCUGCAGAACAACCGGCCUGAAGCCCGAGCCGUGUUACUUGAAGCCGCCGGCCUCGCGCGCUCCAGUGGGUACCAUGAGGUCGCUGAAUUUUAUGAUACGUGCGUGAAUGUGUCGCUUGAAGGAGAAGUGAUUGCCUCCGAUGCUCCGCUUGAGAAACGAGAAAAGGAUUUGCUGAGCCUGAUGCAAGAUGAUGACUUACGCUCCGCGGCCAGACAUCUGUUCAAGAGGAUGUCUCUUAUACCUGCAUCGAGACGAUUCUCCGUAAUGCCGGGAGCACGGGUCGACGACAGCGCUCGUCACCUCACCAAUAGGCGAAUAUCUAUCAUGCCGAAGACGGCACAGCCAACGCAGAUCUCAAGGAAGUCAAACCAUCCUUUAGGAUUUCAGGAUUUCGAUAUUUGAACAAAGAUAGAAAACUCUUUCGUUAAUCCUUUCAUUUUAUUAAAAAAAAAUGUUGUUGAUUGAAAAAUAAUAACGCCUAAUCAUCACUUUCAAACAACGUAACUUCUACAUUUAAAAUUCAUUCUGUGAAUAAUCCUGGUAUUGUCCGUAAAUAAUAUAUUCAACAAAUUCAACGCUCAAUUGACGCAAAAGGUGUGUUAUGCGAACAAACGAAUGCAAACAUUAUAACAACAAAACAUAAUGUAUGAAAUAUAAAGAGGGUUGGAUCCAUUAAACAUUUGAAAAGAAAAGGGCACGAGAAUCUCCAUUUCGAAACUUUUACGUCCAUUAGAAUAUUAAUGAACCUCUCAUGAAUAAUAAGGUUCCAAUUUGUUUUUAAUUGUAUGUAACGCGUUUUAUUGCUAACAUUUAUAAAUGAAAAUAUUGUAUGAUUGUUUUGUAAAAUCUAUGUGCUUUAUACGAUUAUAUACUGGUAUUUUGAAUUUAAUAUUA